AUGUCUUACUCCAACAAGGCCCUCCUCAUCGCCGCCAUCCUGGCCGUCGUCGAAGCCCGCUUCGGUCAGGAGCAGGGACCCGUCGCCGCCUUCCAGGCCCUGAACAACGUCGGCCAGCCCGGCGAGGCCGCCACCCUCGCCGGCGGCAUCCCCGGUGUGCUCCUCGCCGCCGCCAACCCCUGCGACAAGCUCACCCUCGCCGACAAGUUCGUCACCCAGCUGGGCGACAGCCAGGAGGUCGUCGACGCCGCCAAGGAGCUCGUCGCCGCCGAGCAGAACUUCAACCCCUUCGCCGUCAGCGUCCCCAACAUCUGCGGCGACGCCUCCCUCCCCGCCACCGAGGCCCUCCGCGGCAUCGUGCCCCUCGUCGACCCCGCCGUCACCGGCGCCGACACCGAGAACGCCAACUCGGCCACCUCCAAGACCACCCCCUUCGACGCCACCGGCCUGUCCGUCGCCGAGGUCAUGCAGGCUCAGGGCUUCUCCAACUUCACCACCGCCGGCGCUGCUGGUGGUGCUGCCGCUGGUGGCAACGCCAACGCUGGUAACAACAACAAUAACAACAACCAGAACCAGAACCAGAACAACGGCAAUGCCAACAACAACAACAACCAGAACAACAACAACAAUGCUAACGCUGGAAACGACAACGCCAACGCCAACACUGGUAACGACGCUGCUGACUGUGGAAACACUGGCAACGCCAACACCGGCAACAACAACAACAACGCCAACACCGGUAACAACAACGCCAACACCGGCAACGCGAGCAACAACACCGGUAACGCUAACACCGGAAACGCCAACAACGGCAACGCCGGAGGAGCCGCCGGAGGAGCCACCGGCGCCGCCGACUUCGGCAAGUGCACUCCCACCAUGGACUUCCAGCUCGGCCGCGGCAACCGCAAGGCCACCGAGGGAACCUUCCUGCCCACCGACCCCCUCGUCGCCCAGGGCCAGCAGGACGCCCUCAACCCAAACAUCAUCACCAACCGAAUCUGCGACCAGCUCACCAACGUCUGCGAGGCCAACGACGCCGCCAAGACCCAGUGCAAGGACGCCCAGGCCCAGAUCCAGGCCUCCGGUGACCGCAGCGCCGCCGUCGCCGACACCUGGAACAACCUCCUCGGCUUCUAA